GGAUGUUUUGCUAAAGGCUAGCUACAAUCGGCUAACUUUGUCCGAUAGUUGGCUUCUUAUUCUAAUCUCCCUGAAAUUGCCAGAUGCAGCUUUGCUCUGUGAAACAUUUUACAUAAAUGCGAAGUAAUUUUAAAACAAAGUGAGACAUGAACGGGAGUACGAAUCCGCUGCUGGACAAAGAGGAGCAUGUUUUGAAGCUCGGAGAAAGCUUUGAGAAGAGGCCAAAAUCUUCCUUUCACACAAUCAGAUAUGACUUCAAGCCGGCUUCUAUCGACACAAGCUGCGAGGGGGAGCUUCAGGUUGGGAAAGGAGACGAAGUUACCAUAACAUUACCUCACAUCCCGGGCUCAACGCCUCCAAUGACGGUAUUCAAAGGAAACAAGCGGCCGUACCAGAAGGACUGUGUGCUCAUCAUCAACCACGACACCGGGGAGUUCGUACUGGAGAAGCUGAGCAGCAGCAUCCAGGUGAAGAAGACCAGGGCGGAGGGCAGCAGUAAGAUCCAGGCCCGGAUCGAGCAGCAGUCUGUUCGGUCCAGCCAGCCCAGCUCUCAGUUCCGGGCCCCCACCAAACCCGGGGCCGGGGUCAAGACCUCCCCGUCCCCGUCGAAGGAUAAUCCCUCCCCAGAGCCUCAGCUCGAUGACAUCAAGAGAGAGCUGCGGGCGGAGGUGGAGGUGAUAGAGCAGAUGAGCAGCAGCGGCAGCAGCAGCUCCUCCGACUCAGCCAGCGCCUCGGGGAGCGGCGACGACAGCAGCAGCAGCGACGGCGAGCACGACGCCCCCCGGCCCCUCAGCCAGACCUCCCCAAACCGCCACCCCGUGGCCAACGGAGGAGCCGACCGGCAGCAGGGCAACAACCAGCUCAUGAACACACUCCGAAACGACCUUCAGCUCAGCGAGUCGGGCAGCGACAGUGACGACGACUGAUCUCUCUGCACCCUCCUCCUCCUCCUCCUCUCUGCCUGGUGACUUGUUCCUUUGCUGUGAUAGCUGACCCCAGCUGUAUAACUUGGUUUGACUGUAUUUCUAUAUUAUUUUAGUAUAUCCUGAAAGCUGGCCAGCUGGAACUGUAAGAGUGUAUUUUUAUUAGAUGUAUAUUUUGUUUUGUAUAGCGAAACUUUAGAAAAAGCAACUUUUACUUGAGAGGUUUGAAAGAUGAUAUAUUAGAGUGCACAUACAUAUUUUCUGUACUUAGAGCAGCUAGUUUUAUCUACUUGUAUCAUCUGUUUUUGUUGGGUUUUGUCUUCAUGGAAAGACAAGGAAGAGAUUGUCUUGAGCUAUCGGCCCUCAUCCUCUCGCCCGGUUCAUCAGAGGAGGCUGUGGAGUUUCUCCGUGUUUAUCGGUUAUUGCAGAAUUGCACAGACACUCUGUGCAGCCUGCACACGAGCAACAAAUCAAAGAACAAAACACAUCCAUGCGUUUAUCUGUCAGUGUGGAGCGCAGACCGGUCGGCUGGACUCUGCGCUUCACGAAUCUCAACUUUAGUUUUUUAGUCAUAGUUUUAAACUGUUUGCUGAUUAUUUUAGAAAUGAAUCUCACCUUCAUUGAUCAGAAUAACUCAAAGCUGAUUAAUGUCAAACUUGAUGAUCUUUAUUAAAGGGUAAGAAUAUUCUGUAUUUUUGUUGAUGUCAACAAAAUCUCACGAAUAGACCAAAACUGACAGUGUCUCUCAAUACUGUCUGACUUCCUGUCUGUAGCUUUGAGGACACGAAUCUAUAAAAAUGGCACACAAAUGAUAAAAAAAAUAUUUUUUUAAGGCUCAUUAAUUCCCUUAAACAGCAGCUUACUGUAGUUUUUAGCAACCAUUACUCAAACAGGAGGAAAUAGUGCAUUUGUUGGGGACUAUUUUCAGCGGCGGAUUAAUCCACAUUUGGUGCUGUAGUGAGCAUUUGGAUGGUGUGUGUGAGACUGAGUCAGCAUAAACUACAGUGUGUGUGUGUUCAUGGUGAUGAAGGUCAUGUCAGCCAGAGCAACAAUGAGGCUCACUGAUGUGUUUUUAGUAGUUUCUGGACAAUAAUGUAGCUCUAUGGCCCAGAGGGAGAGGCUGCGAUACACACACACACACACACACACACACACACACACACACACACACACACACACACACACACACACCACCUGUUAGCAGAUGCAUUCGCUGUUGGUUUUGGCCUUUUCAUGGGAUUUGUUGACAGUAAUAAAAAUAUAGAAUUUUGCUUUAAACAGUUGUCUAAUGACAGAAGAGUUUAUCUGGAUGAGCUUUCAGGUUUCACCAAGUUGCAAACGUGUAAAGCUGCAUGUAGUGAUUUUUCUACCACCAGGGGGCAGAAAAGACUCAAAAACAAACUCACAGAAUGCAGACCUGAAGGCAGACAGGUGAACAUAAGUCUAGUAUUACUUUCCCUUCAGCUCUGGUUUGGGGUCCAGAGAAAAAUAUCCGGCUGCGGCUGUUAAUGAGAGUCGAGAAAACUCAAACGUAGCGUCUGUUAGCAGCUGGAGAAUCAAAAACAACGAGCUGAAAGAGGCUAAAAAUCCCCGUCGAGCUGCAGUGUUGGCUGUUACUGCUGGUGUUACCAAAUAAAACCGGAAGCAGCCAUUUGAGUAUACAGUGGAGGAAGAGUUCUGUAUCUCCAUCAUCAUCAUCAUCACUCUGAAUCAUCACUGACUCACAGUGAAGCAGUUACAGUUGUUUUUUAGUACAGUUCAGUGUUCGAGUUAAUGAGUUAAGUUCAUCAAAGCUAAAAGAGGCACAACAACAAUAAUUACCAGAUUUCAUAUGUGCAUUAAAACACAUCUGAAGCCCAGAUUGUACAAGAUUAAGUCUGGAAAAGGAGGAAAAAAACCUUUUUUUUUCUUCAAAAUGACCACUAAUUGUUUAAAGUUUGUUUUUCAGUCGUGUCGUCGUUUUCGAACAGAGAAUAUCUUAUUUUUGAUCCGACAUUGUCUUGUAACGCUGACAUCAUAGGAGCAUUCCACGCCUUACAGCACGUCAGUUUGGACUCAAAGGUGAAUGUGUGAUUUUGUGAAAAUGCCAAAGAGUUGAGCGGCGCCUCAUCGCGUGCAGAGAGCAGGAACGUUCGCAGUGUGACGCCGCCGUGUCUGUGUGUUCAUUUUGCUUUUAUCUUAGCCUGGUUGUGUCGGUGUUUAUCAUUAUUAACGCAGUCAGAAACACAACGAGAGAGUUUCAUUGCAAAAUGCCAACAUAUGUGUUUGGAAAGUUCAGAAUCGUGAUCAUUUUCAGGGACUGAUAAAAAGAAAUUUUACAAAAUGGUCAAAUUUAAAGGGACGCUACCUUCUAAUUAAUUAGGCAGCUGAUCUGUUGUUAGAUUUGUUUUUAUUUUUUAUGAGGAAGGAGAAAAAGGCGCUAUUUUUCAUUACCGCCACAGGUGUGUUUGUUUAUUUCACCUGCUGUUUGUAGACCUCCUCACACACUCAGAAUGUGAGGCUGCAGCUCAUUUAUUUUUAUUAUCAGCUCAUUUCUUAAUGAACAGAAUAACACUUUGGUCUAAAGAUGCCAGAAUAUAAUAAACAUUUUAACAAGCUCCCAGAGACCAAGCUGACAUUUUCUGACCAACAGUCUAAAACCCAAAGAUAUAAGAAAGCCAGUUAAUACUGACAUAUCAGGAGCAAAUUUGGCAUUUUUGAUUCAGCAGCAACUGAAAGGAUUGAUCAUCAAACUUGCGCUUGAUUGACAUGUCCUCAUCUCUCCCGUUUAAGAUGUUAAGGUGGGAUGUAAUCUCAACAUCCACCUUCACGCUGGGCGGUGGACUAAUCAGCCACAUUGAGUGCAAACACCUGUGUGUGUUUGAAAGGUACAGAGUCAAAUACCUUCAAUCCAAAAGCAUCUGUAAGCAGCAGCCUGCAUCAUUCAGCGGACAUCUGCGCCUUUAAACGCUGUCUGGCCAAAACGAAGUCCCAGUAUAAAAUAUCCCAGCGUUUUCUGGCAUUAACACACGUUUACAUCACUUAGUUUAGAAAACCCAAACAUUCAUGUGGCAUUUUGAAACGAAACCCCCGUCGUUGGUGUUUUAUAUCGCAGCUAAAGGCUCCUUUAGACGAGGUUCGUCUCGGCUUCAUGAGCUCACAGAACAGAACAGAGGUGAUUGUGAGUUGUGUCCCACCACGCAGUACUCAAAACCAUGACAGUUUUAAAUACUCUGCUUCUUAACGUAAAGGAGCAGUUCGCUGUGGGAACUGACCGUCGGCGGCGAGGCCCGUCGGCGGUCGUCCUGCUCCGUUUUAAACUGCACUUGAAGUCAAAGUGGACGUUGAAUUGAGUGAAGCAGGUGGACGCUGAGGUCAGAUUUUCCACUGAACACACUCUGAAUGGACUUUGUUGUAUUUGGUGCUUCAGUUCUCGUGUUUUUAUUUUAGUUUACGUGAAACAUGUUUGUACAAAUUUGAAGUGUAUUAAAAGUGUGCAGAGGUAUUAAACAUG